UAGUAUGUUUGCCAGUGGUUUCGAUUGCUUUUUGUAGUGUCGUUCAUAGUGUAGUAAGAUUUAAAUGGGACUUGACAAACAGUGACAGCUCCAUCACUGGACUACACAAGUGGAUUUACCUGACUUGGUCUGUAAAAAUAAAGAUCUGUCAUAAAAAUACAUAUAUUCACUAAUAUUUAUAAUAAAUUGGCAGCACAGUGGUCUGCUAGUUGGCACGUCCACCUCACAGUGCAGAGGUCAUGGGUUCGAUUCUAGGUCCCGGCCUGUCUGUAUGGAGUUUUCAUGUUCUCCCUCUGCUUGCAUGGGUUUUCUCCAGGUGCACCUGUUUCCUCCCACAUUCCAAAAACAUCCAUGGUAGUUUGGUUGAACGCUCUAAAUUAUCCCUAUGUGUGAGCGUGAACGGCUGUUUUGUCUGUGUGCCCUGGCAUAGGCUCCAGAACGCUCACGACCCUGGUGAGGAUAAGCGGCUCAGUUAAUGGAUGGAUGCAUAAAAAAUGAAAAAGUUAAAGAAGAGUUGAAAGAGGAAAAAAAACUAACAUAAUUCUAAAAUAAGCACAAAAAGAAAAGGAAAUAAAAUAGGCUCCAGCAACCCCCGGGCCCCUAGUGAGGAUGAAGCGGUUCAGAAGAUAAAUGAAUAAAUGAAUGAAAGAAUGAAUAAAAGAAAAUGUCAAAAGUCAAGAAAAUAUGAGACCCAAACCAAAAGAGUCAAAAAUCUACAUUUACUAACGAAACGUGCAUGGUUUUAAAGCCAUAAUUUUCCUAUUGGGUUCUAUAGAGAAGUACAUUUAUUCAAUGAAAUUACGGUACUCUAGAGAACGACAAAAACAUAAUUGUAAAUGUUGUUUAUAAAAUAACAGUUAAAUCCAAACGCAAACAGAAAGAAAAUAAAGAGUAACAUGAAAAAAGAAAAACAACUUAAAAUGAUGGAAAGAUUCUUAAUUUUAAAAAAUACAAAAAAAUAUAAAAAGUCAAAAUUAAUUAAAAUACACUUCAAAAAUAACCCACAAAAAGGAAGAAAAUAAAAACGAAUCUGUAAAAAUGCAAAAUAAAUACAUUGACAUGAAAAAAGGAAAGUCGAGAGUAAAACAUUUUUUAUGGGUGACGUUUGACCAUCAGUGGCUGGUUCUGUGACGCCAAGACGUUGUACACGUGAUUUCCACUAAGUGGCGUUAAUGCCACGACUUAAAUGCAACCGUAGCCAUACUUGAAACAUAAUGUGCCUUUAAAUCCUUACCUAUCUCAAAUAAAUCAAGCGUUGUAUUUCAUACACGUGAAUUUAAGUCUAUAAUAAUUAUGUAAACAAAUAUAAUUGUCUUCCAUACAUCCUCAUAAAAUGUAGUUUUGAAAUGCUUCGCAUGUCAAACCACGUGAUCACAGACCUGAAAACCUCACAGUGAGCGUCCAGAUUCUAGCCAAUCACGCAGUUGGCGUUCGCACAGUGAAAUUUGCAUGACAUCGUGUAUAAGAUCACUGGCUCCUCUGUUUUUUCCUCAUUCGACCCCAACAUGCCCGAGCCAGCUAAGUCUGCCCCCAAGAAGGGCUCCAAGAAAGCUGUCACAAAAUCCGCUGGGAAGCCUAACAAGAGGAGAAAGAAGGGGAGGAAAGAGAGCUACGCUAUCUACGUAUACAAGGUGCUGAAGCAAGUGCAUCCCGACACCGGCAUCUCAUCCAAGGCCAUGAGCAUCAUGAACUCGUUCGUCAACGACAUCUUCGAGCGAAUCGCCUCCGAGGCUUCCCGCCUGGCUCACUACAAUAAACGCUCGACCAUCUCAUCCAGGGAGAUACAGACCGCCGUGCGGCUUCUUCUGCCGGGUGAGCUGGCCAAGCACGCCGUGUCUGAAGGCACUAAGGCGGUUACCAAGUACACCAGCUCCAAGUAGCCUAGUAAGCCUACCCCGGUAUCAACAUAACCCAAAGGCUCUUUUAAGAGCCAUCCAAACCUUCAAGAGUCGGUCUUCCUCGGUACUAUUGGUGAAAGUUGUACGUUACAAUUACAAGCGAUUUCUUUGUGGCUUGUAGUGGAAGAAAUCUCAAAUUUCGUAGGCAAAUGUUAUAAUACAUUUAAUUUCUAAGCACCUUUCAAAACACUCAAUGACACCUUACAGUCAAAACAAGAAAGAUAAAUAAAUUUAAACUGAGUAUGCGAUUUUAAAUAGGUGGGUUUUGAGAUGUGAUUUGAAUGUGGGAAGAGAAUCAAUAUUUCCGAUUUUUGGUGGGAGUGAGUUUCAGAGUUUGGGAGUAGAGCGGCUGAAAACUGCACCACAUCGUCCUGAGACGGGCCGAGGAUACA